GCUGAAGUUGCCCAAAUGACUUCAAACACACUUUAAUUCUUUCACACAGUUUCAGACUCACUCACUCUUUCUCUCUCUCCUACGCAUCAAUUUCAUAACCAGCCAAACCAAGUUCACAUGUCUUUGUUUUCUUGUGAAUAAGAUAAGUUUUUUACUCAUAGUUGUAUCAUCUCCCACUCCACCAAAUACUUUUUUUCCCUUGUGAUCCACUCACUCUCAACAAACUCACCUCCUUUACUGUGUGAAUGUGAUAAAUGGUCUGAGCUGAGACUGAGACCUCUUCACUCACUCACUCACUCACUCACACACACAGAAAACACAGAAAACAAAACUGUUCAUAAAGGAGCAGCCUUGGCCUGUCUGUUUGGAGUCCUCAUCUCAUCUCAUCUCCAAAUUCUGGCCAUGAAGUCACUACUACUUCUCUUUGUUGUUUCUUCCUUUAUUUUGAUAAAGUCUUUUCUUUUGGAGGCUAGGCAAGUUAAAACCAGCUCUCACAUUGUGGUAAUGGGUUUUGUUUAUUGUGACACUUGCCAUAACAACACCUUCUCCAAACACAGUUACUUUUUACCAGGUGCAGAAGUUAAAGUAGAUUGCAUUUUCAAAGCAAUCGCACCAAGAACAGCAGAACAGAUAUCAUUCUCAGUGAACAGAACCACAAACAAGCAUGGGCUUUACAGGUUGGAAAUACCAUCUGUUGAGGGUAUCAAAUGUGCUGCUGAAGAAUCAGCAAUAGUGAAUUCAUGCCAGGCAAGCCUAAUGUGGAGUUCUUCUUCUUCAUGCGAUGUUCCUGGUUAUAAAGUCACUUCAGAUCAAAUAACAGUCAAAUCUAAAGGAGCCAAUGUCUGCAUCUAUAGCCUAAAUGCUUUGAACUUCAGACCAUCAAAGAAAGAGCCUAAAUGUGGGAAUUCAAAAUAAGUUUUCUCCUCAAUAGUUUGGAUACUCCUUUUUCUUUUUACUUUAUAUAUGUGUGUGUGCUUGGUUGUUUUAGCUAUUCUAUACUUAUUUAUAUGUCAAUAUUGAUACAUGUAUAGUUUUGGUUGGAGAAAAAACAUUGAUAUGCCGUUUUAUAUUUUGGAUCCUCAGUAGAAAGACAGAUUCUUUCACUGGUUUUGUCAAGUUGUCAAAUAUGGUUUUCUGCUUAAAUGUAAGGUCUUAAGGCUCAAGCCAAAACAAUAUCAUAUAAAGGCAAGUUUUUUUUACUUUUUAUAUCUAUGAAAAUGUUGAGAAUGUGAUAUUUUGGAUCA